AUGAAGCAGUCAGCUUUCAGAAUUGCUUCAUUCGUGGACGAUGAUGAUGAUGAUGAUAUUGAAUUAUACAUGUUUCAUUGAUCCGGUGUGAUUCAAGCGGGUGACUCACUGUUGGCCAUUCAAGGUGACUCACCUCUGGGCAAGACGAUUGACAAGUUGACGACCCGGUACCUACUGAGUCCCUCACUCGACGCAGCCUCCUCCACCGCCUCCUCCUCCACCUCGGCCGGCCGCCACCUCGCACUUGUGACGCAGUACACGGUGGCCGAGAAUGUCAUCCCCUCCAGCGGUGUCUUUGAUGUUCGCAUCAUCAAACGAUCCGCCAGUCUCGGCAUCAACCUCCAGGGUAAGAUGUGGGGCCUUGUUGAAAAUGAAUUUUUGGCCGUUCUGAUAUGGAGUACUUCCAAAUAUAACAUGGUCUCCAUUCUCUUCGGCUAA